CCCAUGAAACCGCAUAGUGCCUACUGUUAAUAUCAAUAUGGCUUCUGUCUGUCAGACAAAGGCAAAUCUGUCUCGCAUCGAAAUGAAAUCAAUUUAGGAGGACAGCGAGGGCGAGCUAAGCAAACAAAAUCCCCGGUGCAUAUUUGUGUCGGGAAUCAGGGGAAACAGUUACAGUAGGACCAAUACAUUGCCCAGUAAUUAAAUGCUGUGGUGGACAGAGGCCCAAGAUUCACAGAUCAAGAAUGUCUCAUUACACAGACGAGCCUCGGUACACCAUCGAGCAGAUCGACCUGCUCCAGCGGCUGCGUCGCACGGGCAUGACCAAGCCGGAGAUCCUGCACGCGCUGGACACCCUGGAGCGGCUCGACCGCGAGCACUCCGACAAGUUCGGCCGCCGCCCGGCCUCUUCCUCGUCCGCCCCGCCCACCAACAACGGUGCCCCGGCGCUCGCCAACAGCCUAGCCGCCGUCGCCGCCGGCAACAGUAACAGCGGCAUCACCGCCUCCUCCUCCUCCGCCGCCAAGACCUCCAGCCCCCUCGCCUCGUCCAACUGUAACGCCUCAGCCGCCAUCGCCGCGGCAACCUCCACGACCUCCACGGCCACCCAGACGGCCUACCGGGGCGCCGCCCUCUCGCCAUCCUCAGCCAACAACUACGACACCUCGCCCCCGCCCAUGGCGAUGCCGCUCUCCCUGCCCCCGCCCUCCAUGCCCACCCCGAUGCCCGUGCCUACCUCGGCCCAGAACGGGCGUGGGGACGCGAUGGCCGUCAUGCCCAACGGGAAGCUCUCUCCGCCCCGCUACCCCGUCACCAGCGCCCCUCCGCGGCCCUACGGGUACGAGCCGACGGAGGACGAGCUGGACAUCGAAGACAAGGUGGAAGAACUAAUGAGAAGGGACAGUGCCAUAAUAAAGGAGGAAAUUAAAGCCUUCCUGGGGAACCGGCGUAUCUCUCAGGCAGUGGUGGCUCAGGUCACAGGUAUCAGUCAGAGUCGUAUCUCCCACUGGCUCCUGCAACAGGGCUCGGACCUCAGUGAACAGAAGAAACGCGCCUUCUUCCGCUGGUACCAGCUAGAGAAGACCACGCCUGGUGCCACUCUGAACAUGCGCCCCGCCCCUCUGGCCCUGGAGGACAUCGUGGAGUGGCGACAGACUCCGCCUCCCUUAGGCUCCACCCCCGGCAGUUUCCGCCUCCGCCGGGGCAGCCGCUUCACGUGGAGGAAAGAGUGUCUGGCCGUGAUGGAGAGCUACUUCAAUGAUAAUCAGUACCCCGAUGAGGCCAAAAGGGAGGAGAUCGCCAACGCCUGCAACGCAGUCAUCCAGAAGCCAGGGAAGAAGCUGUCGGACCUCGAGAGGGUCACAUCCCUUAAAGUUUACAACUGGUUCGCCAACCGGCGGAAGGAGAUCAAGCGAAGAGCCAACAUAGAAGCAGCAAUCCUGGAGACGCAUGGGAUCGACGUCCAGAGUCCUGGCGGUCACUCCAACAGCGACGACAUCGACGGCGGAGACUACCCAGAGCAGGUGGCCUCGGAUCAAACUCUCGGAGGGAGAGCAGUUGCCAGAGCGUUUGGCUUCAGCAGAGGUGGCCUGUCAUCUCCCACUCAGGUCCCCACUCUGUUGCCGAGCUGGCUCUCCCCUUGGCCCAGUCCGGGCAGGGUGGGCUUGGCAGCUCAGAGGGGGGCAGCUGCUGGUGGCGCCCCCUUGGGGCGACUCUUGGCAGGGCAGCAGGGGCAACAACAUCAACAACAACAACAGCAGCAGCAGCAGCAGCAACCACAGCAGCAGCAGCAACCUCAACCUCAGCAGCAGCAGGCGUCGUCCGAGGGAUCCAGACUGACCGCUGUCUCCUGGUCUCCCUCCCCCCUCCAGGAGGACGGCCCGGCAGGCCACAGCGGCGAGCACCAGGACCCGAUCACGCUAGCAGUGGAGAUGGCCGCGGUCAACCACACCAUCCUGGCCCUCGCUCACCAGGCCACCACGGGCACCGGCGACAUCAAGACCGAGGUGCUGGACGACGACUGAGCCUUCGCCACGCCACGCCACCCGCCACCUGUGCCGUCCCGUCCGACAGACACCCAACCCCCACGAGACACACACACACACACACACACACACACACACACACACACACACACACACACACACAGAACCCCCCCCAACACACUCCCCCGUCCCUUAAAAACACACACACACACACACACACUCACACACAACAUACCCUUGCCCCUGGAGUGUAUGCUGCCGAGCGGCCCAAGGGUGGGUGGGGGUUGAGGUGGGGGUGUGAGAGGGAGCAGAGACGGAGGUGGAGGAGGAGACCUUGUGUGUAGGAGACGGAGUCUGUGUUUGUCAAAUGUGACGUGCCCAGGAGUAGGUGGAAGAUUGGUGCAUUUUGUGAUGUUGGUGAAGUCAACGACCAAAAAAAAAAAAAUUAUAGCAAACAAAAACCAGAUAUAAGGAUAAAAGUAGAGACUCACCACCAUUUUUUUGACAUUACUACCCCCCAACCCGCUCCAAGAAAAAAAUAUCCUCCUCUUACAGCCAAUAUUGUGAUAUGACGCCCCCUAUAGACAGAGGUGUGAAUAGGCAUCCUCGGCAGUUUUCAGUGUCUGUGAAACAGAAACAUAUAUGCUCUUGUCUGUGUGUAACUAAAUCAGAAUAUUCUAAUAAUCUCAGAACCUGUUCAUUUUCCCUGGGGCAUGACGCCAUGUUGCCAAUGCCUUUUUUUCUGUUUGGUACACUUGCCCCAGACAAAUCAACAACUGCCCCACACCCACCCACCCAACCACCUAAACCCCACCCCACCAGCCGACUCCAGAAUCGCUCAGCUGUUUUUCUGUUUCAGUCUCCCUUCCUCCAAGAGGAACUCUUUCUGUACUAACGGGCAGUAGCAUAGAUGCCCCACUCCUGCUGCGCCUAUCUGUGUUACCCCCUUACCCCCUUACCCCCACCCCCCUCAGAUGCCAAGGGGUAUGGAUCAUCAAGAAGCAAACUGGAAAUCAGAUUGUCCGCAUGAUCAAAGCAAUUGUACUUUGUUCAGACACGACAGGUUCUUCCACUAUUUAAGGUUCAUCCUCUCAGUACCACACUGAAGAACAGUUUUAACUCUUUGGGAUUUUUUUUGUCCUAGCUUUUUUCAAAAAGUUCUUAGACAGUGAAAACUCCUCACACGACAGAUAACCUCACACAGAGUCAUGUACAAUAAUAUAUUCUCUGAAGCUGCUGUAGAAUAACCUAUUAUCAGUACAAAUGUUGAAGAGGCCAUACUCCUCAGUUGCAAAUAAUGUGAUGCUAACACAGUGGUCUAACCAGUGGGACUUGGGUGAAAUUAGACAGUAUGAGAGCUUUUAAGGUGGGAUGAGAGAUGUUCAAGGAGAAUGAGAUUUUAAGGUAGCACGAGCAAUCCUAAUGCAGUUUGAGCAAUUUCAAGAUGAUACGAGUGGUUUUAAGUUAGUACGAGCUAGUUCAAAGUGGUAUGAGUGGUUUGAAGAUGGUAUGAGUGAUUUUAAGGUGGUAUGAGUUGUUUUAAGGUGCUUCUUUCGCGCACUCAAAGUGCAGUUGGGAGAAAAUCAACUUCCUGACAAUCAGGUGAUGGAGAAGACCGUGUGACGAGGGACAAGAAAGCGGUGUGUGUGUGUGUGUGUGUGUCUGUGUGUGUGUGUGUGUGCAUGCAAGAGGGACAGAGAGAGAGAGAGAGUGUGUGUGUGUAACAGGUCACUAGUGUCUGGCUCUACCCAAAGUGAUUAUGUGUAUGAUUCCAUGUAAUGGGCCAGAGAGAGGGUGAAAUGAUGAGGGUUCGCAAAUCAUGUGCUAUGUCCACUCUCUUGGGUUAAAGAAAAAAAAAGCUAUCGGACAGGCUGAAGAUGAACGCAUGAUCGUGUCCACGCAUUUUGCUCAUUGUGUUAAAUAACGUAUUUGGCACACUAAACACUUAUUGUAGCCUUUUUCUUGUUUAUCUUUUUGUGAUCGGCAAAGAGAUUAUGGCAACAUACUGUAUGCGAUUAUUUAUUGUUUUUAUACUCCACCCCCCUUCCGCCUCGAGAUUGUCACUUUAGUACAAAAGUACAAAUAGACCCUCCAGUCUCGCGAUGAGAGUGCACAUCCCUCGGUAGGAGAGUCUAUCGGAAAUCUGACAUUAGUUCUUAGUUUGUUGUCAUAAGGUGCUAGUUUAGAGGAAUGACGGCAAACAUGGUGUAGGGAUCUUAUAAGCUGCUGUUAUCAGACCUCAUACGCCAGUGUGUUGAUUGGGGUCUGAAUGUCCUACCAUAGGAACUAUUGGUGCAUUCCAGUAAACUCGUACUUUGAAGUUUGGGCAGAUUGACUUCCCCGAGUUUAGAAGUGGAAACUCCGACUUAGAGUAGUGUUUCAUUGUACUUUUGUUUCCAGUAGGAGGUGGUAAUUCUUGACUUUUGAAUUUGUCUGGAGUUAAUAUCCGACUAACGUGUUUUCUGGAAUGCAGCAUAAAAAAAUUAUUACAUCAGCCCUUCGCCACAACUCAUUGAUUGGCUGUUCAGAAAGCUGUCGACUGUGGACAGCUGUCUUUUCAGCAGUUUUUGGACUACAAGCCCAGUGUAAAACUGGCCAUUGCUGUAAUCUGUCAGCAUCAGUGCUGUGAUAGGGAGCCAAUGGGAUUUUGUGGUCUAAUAAGCUUCUUGUGCAAAAAUCCUAUCGCCAGGAUAGAGUUCUGCAUUAAACAGUUACGUUAGGCCCCUAAUUUAAAUCCACUUUAAGUUUUUUUUUUUUUUUCGGAAUGAGGUUUCUAAAAAACGAAACUUAUAAUGGAUCAUGUAAGAGGUCAAGCCAAAGAGAAUGUUAUUUUAUUUGAUUUCUGCAGCACUUCACACUCCUGCUCGGUUUCAUCCAUCCAUCUUUCCAAACCACGUAGAGAUGCGUCAGGAUAACAGGCAGGAGUGUUAAGAGCCAGAGUACGAAUCAGUAGACCAGAUCUGGAGAGAGAGAGAGAGAAUGUCGGGUUCGCCAACCCCCGGAUCCCCCCUCUUUUUCAUACGUAUGUGGUUUGCUCCAUAGCUCAGUGUUCUGCAAGAGGGGCACUGUCAGGACGGGUCAAACUGAGUGUGUGUGCCCCACUGGGAACGUCCGAGUGUAGGUCUGUCUGAGGGUACGAGGCAGACGAGGACGGGGCCCGGUUGUGGUCACCCAGAACCACCCACUGUGCCACAUGUGACCCAUGACCCUUGACCCUUAGGACGCUGCUUUCAAUGUGAACGGAAAAUGACUAGAUAAGCUUUUUUUUUUUUAGAAAAAAAGAAAUCUACCCCCUUUCUCUUUCCUCAGUAUCUAUUGAAUGAUGGUUAAGCUGGUGUGUGUGUGUGCACCAUGUCCUUUCCUCAGAGCCAAGCCAGACCCCUGCAAUGCUCUGCUUUCAGUAUCUGCUAAACUAAUGCUUACUUCUAUAUCAAGUGUAACUCAAGAGACUAUAUAGGAAAGCUGUUCUAAAAUCAAGAGACAGAGAAAUAUUAUAUAUGUUUUGAUUUCUUUCUUUGUGCAAAUUCUGCCAAGCAGAAAUGUAUAGCAUCAAAUGAACCUUUGUUAUUAUUUUUUGUCAAGAAAUGCUUUAUGUGUUUGAAACACAUUUCCAGUUUCAAACUGUUCUUUAAAACAAUCAUGUUUUUAUUGUUUUCAUGUUUAUCUGUUUUGUAUUUUUUAUUAUCAUGUAUGCACAAUCUGCCUUUUUGCGUUUCCCCCGAGUGUACUCUCUCAAUGGUAAAUUCACCUGUUUUGGGACUUUUUGGACUGAGUAGAAUAAGACAUUUCAGAGCCCUUCUAGACUGCACUGUAGGUAGACCUCAGACAGCUGUGUCCAAAACAAACAAACAAACAAGCAAACAGGCCGAGGUUGCAGCCCCUCGCCCAAGUUGCAGUGCUAAAGCUAAUCUAUACCAUUCUAUAAUACUAUCUUUUUCACUCUCCCUUCAAUCAUGAGGCAUCACUAACCCUGUGGAACUUGUAUAGGCUAUAAUUAAGUAUUAGCCAUGUAGGCACAUCAGCUCGCUUGCUAAUGCCACUUAAAAUGCGGAGAGUUAAGUGCAUGAUGUGCACCAUGCACCCGUUCAUAGUGCACGGGUAGGUAAGCCAAGGUCUUUGGAAACAUAAAUCACUUGUUACUCUUCCUGGACGCUGGUGGUCACUGCUUGUGCGCAUAAUAUAGGCUUCACACAAUAACGUCUCUAGGCUUAAUUAAGUCAACGAAGAACACGGCUUCUGAGCAGAUAGUCCCGAAGGCUCCUGAUAGGCAACAUCCGAGUGCUUGCAAUGGUUCCACGAGGUCCCUCCCCGAAGAGAUCCCCCCCCCCCCCCUCUCGACCCCGAAGGAGGUAGUUUGCCAUUGACCGCACGGGGGUACAGAACGCAGCCGUCUUGGUUUCCUGCCCCUUGUUGAAUAUGUGAAUAUAUUAAAUAUAUUAACAGAUGUUCUAUGAGGUGAAAUGGAUAAAAACAAUUGUUGUAUCAAUUUGAAAUAGUUAAGUACCUGUAUCUUCUCCUAUUUCAGAAUUUAGUGCCUUUUUUGGACAGUAGACUGUUCUGUAAUUACUUUGUAGUAUAAGAUCUAUAUGGCUUUGUUACUUUUUUCUUUCUUUGUUUAUUUUCAAAUCUUUUUUUUUUAAACUUGUGUUUAUUUUAGUAUCGUAUCUUCUAGAGAAUAAAGACUGAA